UCUGUGUGUGUGUCUGUGUCAGCGCGGUAACAAUGGCGGCGCAGACCGCGGGCUCGGCGGGAGAGAAGGCGGCCGGCAGCUCCGCACUGAGCCGCAGGAAGGACGGGGGUCCGUGUGCUGAGUUCUGGGAGAGCGCGGAGACCGUGUCACAGCUCGAGAACAUCCGCACCUGGAUCGGGAAGCAUUAUAAGAAGUAUGUGCAGGUUGACGCUCCUUCCAGUAAGGCUCUCUCAGGACUGGUCAUCCAGCUCCUGCAGUUUCAGGAGGAUGCGUUCGGCCGUAAAGCCAGUGACCCGGGCCUCACUAAACUGCCGGUGAAGUGUUUUCUAGAUAUGAAGCCAGGGGGCGCUCUCUGUCACAUCCUUGGUUCUGUCUAUAAGUUUAAAACCGAGCAGGGCUGGCGUCGCUUCGACUUGCAGAACCCGUCCCGAGUGGACCGCAACAUAGAGAUGUUCCUCAGUGUGGAGAAAACACUUGUACAGAAUAAUCUUCUGAGCAGGCCCGUGGUGUACCUUUCACCUGAGCUGGACCAGAAGCAGGCCAACAAAUUCAAAGACAUCAUCAUGAGACACAAGGGUUCGGUCACAGAGGACAGGGUACAAGCUUCCCAUCACAUCUACCCCACCCCUGCCUCAGGAGAAGAAGAUGACUGGUUCAGACCGGUUCUGCGGGUCAGUCAGCACGUGGUGGUCCACUGGGGCAUGUAUCCCGACAGUUAUGACACGUGGGUGUCGGUCAGUGACGCUGACGUGGACGUUGAGGAAGCUCCGCCUUCAGAGCGGCCGUGGAAGGUCCAUGCGAAGUGGCUUCUCGACACAGAUGUGUUCAACGAGUGGAUGAAUGAGGAAGACUACGAGGUGGACGAGAGCAAAAGGGGCGUAGUGUUCCGGAGGCGCAUCUACCCUCGGGAUGAGGAGGAAUGCAAAACGUCUGGGAAGAAGCGACGGCGGUCCCCCUCACCACCCUCAUCUGAGUCCAGGAAGAAAGGAGGGAAAAAGGGUUCAUAUAAGAGGCGUGGCCAGCAGGAAGAGGCGGAGCCUGAAGAAGACCUGACUAAAGACAUGGAGGACCCGACACCAGUGCCUAACAUGGAGGAGGUCAAACUGCCUAAAAAUGUAAACCUGAAGAAGGACAGCGAGAACACACCAGUGAAAGGAGGAACCAUGACUGACCUGGACGACCAGGAUGACGAGUUCAUGUCUGGAGUCAGGGAUGAGGAGGAGCGGGAGUUUGGGCGUGGGCUGGAAGGAGAGGAGAGCGCCACAGAGCAGACUCACCACAUCAUCAUACCCAGCUACGCCUCUUGGUUUGACUAUAACUGUAUUCAUCGGAUAGAGAGGAGAGCACUGCCCGAGUUCUUCAAUGGGAAGAACAAGUCCAAAACACCAGAGAUAUAUUUGGCUUAUCGUAACUUCAUGAUCGACUCGUACCGGCUAAACCCUCAGGAGUACCUGACCUCCACCUCCUGCAGACGCAACCUCACAGGAGACGUGUGUGCACUUAUAAGGGUCCAUGCGUUCCUGGAGCAGUGGGGUGUGAUCAAUUACCAGGUGGAUGCUGAGAGCAGACCUCUCCCUAUGGGUCCUCCACCCACACCUCACUUUAACGUUCUCACAGACAGUCCUACAGCGCUGGUCCCCCUGCAGCACAGACCAUUACAGGUUACAGCCUCUCAGCACAUGCUCCAUUUCCCUGAGAAGAGCAGAGAAAAGCCUUCAGACCUUCAGAACUUCGGCUUACGAACUGAUAUUUAUGCAAAGAAGCAUCCCAAGACUAAAGGAGCAAACGCAGGACGUGAGUGGACGGAGCAGGAGACUCUGCUGCUUCUGGAGGCAUUAGAGAUGUAUAAAGAUGACUGGAAUAAGGUCUCUGAGCAUGUGGGGAGCCGCACACAGGACGAGUGUAUCCUGCACUUCCUGCGCUUGCCCAUAGAGGACCCAUACCUGGAGAACUCGGAGGCCUCGAUGGGUCCUCUGGCCUACCAGCCUGUUCCCUUCAGCCAGUCAGGGAACCCCGUCAUGAGCACUGUGGCCUUCCUCGCCUCGGUGGUGGACCCCCGAGUCGCCUCUGCUGCUGCCAAGGCUGCCCUGGAGGAGUUUUCCCAGGUUCGAGAACGCGCUUCUCCAGAGCUGCUCAAUCCCCCCGUCCUCAAAAUCCAAGAUCCUGGACAGAGUUUAGCAGAACUCGAGCCCACCUUUGGAAUGCCGUCAAGUACCAUAUCCGGACCCGAGACAGGCCCCCUGGAAAAGACGGAAGGGACCAGACUGGAAAGGCUGGAGUUUGACACGGACCACCAUGAGAAGGUGAUGGGCGAGAGCACUGCAGGAGAGGGAGAGCAAGUGAAAAAUGAAGAAAAGGAUGAGACUGAAGGAGAGAAAGAAGGGGAGAGCAAAGCAGAGGAAGGUUUGGAGUUGGUCCAGGCCCACGGGGAACAUGGCGAGAGAAGGAGGGGGGCAGAACUUGACUUGGUGGAGGCGAAUAUCGCCACGGCCGCUGCAGCUGCCCUGGCCUCUGCUGCCACCAAGGCCAAGCACUUGGCCGCUGUGGAGGAGAGGAAGAUCAAGUCUCUGGUGGCUCUGCUGGUGGAGACCCAGAUGAAGAAGCUGGAGAUAAAGCUGAGGCACUUCGAGGAGCUGGAGACCAUCAUGGACCGGGAGAAGGAGGCUCUGGAACAGCAGCGACAGCAGUUGCUAUCAGAGAGGCAGAACUUCCAUCUGGAGCAGGUGAAGUACGCUGAGCUAAAGGCGCGGCAGCAGCUCGAACAGCAGCAGGGUGGAGUCUCGCAGAGCAGCGGAGCCGCCGCCUUUAAUCCUCCUCAUCAUGGUCGCACCGUGGGCAGUGCAGCAGCGGGGCAGAUGAUGAGUGUGCAGCACAGCGGCGCUCCUAACGGCACAUACCCGACCCCACCUUCCUCCCAGUCUGAAGGGGCCACGCCCAUUUCCCGGCCCCCGAUGGACAGCUGAGCUCACCUCCUCUACCGACCAAUCAUCUGCCUGCGAUCUGAUUGACAGACAGACGGAUGGACGGACGAUGUCCCCGCCUCCACCAAGCACUUGAUCAUUUAUCCCGCAGUCACGUGUCGCGAUCAUCAGUGAAACCUUCAGUCGUUUGUAAAUGGUGUUUUAUGCCGCAGUAAACAUAAACAGUCACAUUUGUUGCUUUUUGGUCCGGACUAAAUGUUUGUAGCUCGAUUUUUGUAUUGAACGACAUCCAGCACUCAUGCCAAUAAAUUUUUUAAUUAAACCUA